CCCUCCCGGACGCAGAGUUGCGGGCCGAACCCGGCCCCUCCACGUGCCAGGGGGCCCGCCCCCGCCGGAGCCGCGGGUGCUCCUCUUAGCCCCCGGCCUCCGCGGGGAGGGGGCCCGGGCUCGCACGGCCCCAGCGCCCUCUGCCGCCUCUCUGGAGCCUGGAAGACGGCCCCAAAGCAGACCCCGGCUGGGCUGGGCCGGCCCCUCCUGGUGGGCCGGCGGGCGGAGCAGCGCAGAGAACACCGCCCCCCGGCCCGCCCGCCGAGGAGGAGACGGGAGCGGGAGGCUGCGCCGGCGGCGCCCGCCUGGGGCCCGCCGCACUCUGCACUCGGCCGCCCGGGCUGCGGGGACGGGACGGGUGCGGGCGCGGGCUCUGCGGGCGGGGAGCCGAGUCCAGACCAGGGCCGGGGCUGCGGCGGGAAGCGAGAGGGCAGAGCGCGGAGAUGGCGGCCACGGCGGCCGCGGCGGCGGAGGAAGGGAUGGAGCCGCGGGCGCUGCAGUACGAGCAGACCCUGAUGUAUGGCCGGUAUACUCAGGACCUUGGGGCCUUUGCCAAAGAGGAAGCUGCUCGGAUCCGCCUGGGAGGGCCUGAGCCCUGGAGGGGUCCCCCAUCCCCUCGGACUCCCCCAGAGCUCCUGGAAUACGGACAGAGCCGUUGUGCCCACUGCCGCAUCUGUACUGUACACUGCCACAAGUUCCUAGUGUCCAGGGUUGGUGAAGACUGGAUCUUCCUUGUCCUGCUGGGACUCCUCAUGGCAUUGGUGAGCUGGGCCAUGGACUAUGCCAUCGCUGCCUGUCUGCAGGCUCAGCAGUGGAUGUCCCGGGGCUUAGAUGCCAACAUCUUGCUGCAGUACCUGGCCUGGGUCACCUACCCCAUCGUCCUCAUCACUUUCUCAGCGGGAUUCACACAGAUCCUAGCUCCUCAGGCUGUUGGGUCCGGCAUCCCCGAGAUGAAGACCAUCUUGCGGGGAGUGGUGCUGAAGGAAUACCUCACCCUCAAGACCUUUGUAGCUAAGGUUAUCGGUCUCACCUGUGCCCUGGGCAGCGGGAUGCCGCUUGGCAAAGAGGGCCCUUUUGUGCAUAUCGCAAGCAUGUGUGCCGCCCUGCUCAGCAAGUUCCUCUCCCUCUUUGGGGGCAUCUAUGAGAAUGAAUCCCGGAACACAGAGAUGCUGGCGGCGGCCUGUGCAGUAGGCGUGGGCUGCUGCUUUGCAGCGCCCAUUGGAGGCGUACUGUUCAGCAUUGAGGUCACCUCCACCUUCUUUGCGGUGCGGAACUACUGGCGGGGCUUCUUUGCUGCCACCUUCAGUGCCUUCAUCUUCCGGGUCUUGGCUGUCUGGAACCGUGAUGAAGAGACUAUCACUGCUCUCUUCAAAACUCGAUUCCGGCUCGACUUCCCCUUUGACCUGCAGGAACUGCCAGCCUUUGCUGUCAUUGGCAUUGCUAGUGGCUUUGGGGGAGCCCUCUUUGUGUACCUGAACCGGAAGAUUGUCCAGGUGAUGCGGAAGCAGAAAACCAUCAACCGCUUCCUCAUGAAGAAACGCCUGCUCUUCCCAGCUCUGGUGACCCUGCUCAUCUCUACUCUGACCUUCCCCCCUGGCUUCGGACAGUUCAUGGCUGGACAGCUCUCACAGAAAGAGACACUGGUCACCCUGUUUGACAACCGGACAUGGGUCCGCCAGGGCUUGGUGGAGGAGCUAGAGCCACCCAGCACUUCACAGGCCUGGAGCCCUCCGCGUGCCAAUGUCUUCCUUACUCUGGUCAUCUUCAUUCUCAUGAAGUUCUGGAUGUCUGCGCUGGCUACCACCAUCCCGGUGCCCUGUGGGGCCUUCAUGCCAGUCUUUGUCAUUGGAGCAGCAUUUGGGCGUCUGGUGGGCGAAAGCAUGGCUGCCUGGUUCCCUGAUGGGAUCCACACGGACAGCAGCACCUACCGGAUUGUCCCCGGAGGCUACGCAGUGGUGGGAGCAGCCGCACUGGCGGGAGCAGUGACGCACACAGUGUCCACGGCCGUGAUUGUGUUCGAGCUCACGGGCCAAAUUGCCCACAUCCUGCCUGUCAUGAUUGCCGUCAUCCUGGCCAAUGCUGUUGCCCAGAGCCUCCAGCCCUCACUCUAUGACAGCAUCAUCCGCAUCAAGAAGCUGCCCUAUCUACCUGAGCUAGGCUGGGGCCGCCACCAGCAAUACCGGGUGCGAGUGGAGGAUAUUAUGGUGCGGGAUGUUCCCCAUGUGGCUCUCAGCUGCACCUUCCGGGACCUGCGGUUGGCACUGCACAGGACCAAGGGCCGCGUGUUGGCUCUAGUGGAGUCCCCCGAGUCCAUGAUUCUGCUGGGCUCCAUCGAGCGCUCACAGGUGGUGGCAUUGCUGGGGGCCCAGCUGAACCCGGCCCGCCGGCGGCAAUACAUGAAAGAGCAUCGAGCUACCCAGGCCUCUCUACCAUCUGACCAGGAGAAUGCUCCUGGUCCCAAGAGUUCCGUUCGCUUUCAGGUGAACACAGAGGACUCCGACUUCCCUGCAGCCCGGGGGGAGACUCACAAGCCCCUAAAGUCUGCUCUCAAGAGGGGGCCCAGCAAUGCCAUGAACCUCAGGGAGAGUCCCACAGGGAAUGUGGAGCCAGUGGGCAUCGCACUGAGGAGCCUCUUCUGUGGGAGUCCACCUCCUGAGGCUACUUCAGAGUUGGAGAAGGCGGGAUCAUGUGACAAGCGCAAGUUGAAGCGGGUCCGAAUCUCUCUGGCGAGCGACUCAGACCUGGAAGGCGAGAUGACCCCCGAGGAGAUUCUGGAGUGGGAGGAGCAGCAAUUGGAUGAACCUGUCAACUUCAGUGACUGUAAAAUUGACCCUGCUCCCUUCCAGCUGGUGGAGCGGACCUCCCUGCACAAGACUCACACCAUCUUCUCACUGCUGGGAGUGGACCAUGCUUACGUCACUAGUAUUGGCAGACUUAUUGGAAUCGUCACCCUAAAGGAGCUCCGGAAGGCUAUCGAGGGCUCUGUCACAGCACAGGGUGUGAAAGUCCGGCCACCCCUCGCCAGUUUCCGCGACAGUGCCACCAGCAGCAGCGACACAGAGACCACUGAGGUGCAUGCAUUGUGGGGGCCCCGCUCCCGCCAUGGCCUCCCCCGAGAGGGCAGCCCUUCGGACAGUGAUGACAAGUGCCAGUGAAUCCCUCAGUAGGUGGCCUGGGGUGGUGGCACCUGUGGCCGUGGGCCCAGAUCCUGCAGCUGUCACUUCCUUCUGCCUUGGGAAAGCAGAGGCAGCUGCAGCCCAAGGUGCCGGAUUCUCCCAGCCAUCCUCCCUGGAAUCUGCAUCAGCACCCACCUGUUGCAGGCUUUCCAAAGGCAGGAAGAUCAGCACUGCCCUGGCAGAAUGGGGCUGCGUCAUCUGACCCGAUCCCCCUUUGAGGGGAAAAGGCUUCUAAGAUGAGCUUAUACUGGAAUUUCCAAUGACCAGAUGUAUAUAGAGAUUUACAAAGAUUUUUAUAUUAAUUUAAUAAACAAAUUCUUAAAUAGAACAAAAUAAACACCUAAUG